AGCCGCCAGUCUGACUCUUGAUUGGACAGGAAGGUGCACGAGGCGACAGAGCUUUGGAGACCCCCCCGCCCCCCAAACCCGCCGACUCUGCGGGCGAAGCCCACGCAUACACGCACACCCACCCGCACAACCGGGGGGCUGAGAUGUGACUGUUAACCAGAGGAAUACAGCGUCUUUUCUGUGGGAUUUUUUUUGUUCUUCUCUCCAGCCGGCGGAUGCGGGAGGAGACCCGGGGAGCCCCGGUGGCCAUGCGGGCCGUGCGGGUUGCGGUGCUGCUCUGUGUGAUUACUUCGGUGUGCGCAGUGGAAGAGACGGUGAUGGAUACAAGGACGGCGACAGCUGAGCUCGGCUGGAUAUCGUUCCCCGCCAACGGAUGGGAGGAGGUGAGCGGCUAUGACGAGAACCUCAACACCAUCAGGACGUACCAGGUGUGCAAUGUGUUUGAGCCCAGCCAGAACAAUUGGCUCCUCACAACCUACGUCGACCGGCGGGCGGCGCAGCGCAUCUACGUGGAGAUCCGCUUCACCGUACGCGACUGCGCCUCAAUCCCCAGCGUCCUGGGCUCCUGCAAAGAGACGUUCAACCUGUACUACCUGGAGACCGAAAGGACCCUGUCUGAGGGCAUUAAGGGGGUGGAGUACUGGGCCAAUGCCCCUUUUCUGAAGGUGGACACCAUCGCAGCAGAUGAGAGUUUCUCCCAGGUUGAUUUCGGGGGAAGGCUGAUGAAGGUGAACACAGAAGUUCGUAGCUUCGGACCAUUGUCCAAAGGCAAAGGCUUCCACCUGGCCUUCCAGGAUCUGGGCGCUUGCAUGUCCCUGCUGGCUGUCAGAGUAUUCUACAAGAAAUGCCCCAGCGUGGUGCAAAACUUUGCCCUUUUCCCAGAGACGUUGACCGGAGCGGAGUCCACCUCAUUAGUCAUCGCUAGAGGAAGCUGUAUCGCCAACGCUGAGGAGGUAGACGUGCCCAUCAAGCUCUACUGUAACGGAGACGGAGAGUGGAUGGUGCCCAUCGGCAGCUGCAGCUGCAAGGCGGGUUAUGAACCCGACAAUGGCAACGUGUGUCGAGCUUGUCCUCAGGGCACCUUCAAGUCAUUCCAGGGGGUCGGCCUCUGUCAGCAAUGUCCGCUCAACAGUCGCUCUACCAUCGAGGCUGCCACAGUCUGCGGGUGUCGUAGCGGCUUUUACCGCGGAGACAUGGACAAACCGGAGGACGUGUGCACCAGUGUCCCAUCAGCUCCUCGCAACGUGGUCUCAGUUGUCAACCAGACGUCGGUGCAGCUGGAGUGGCACCCACCACGGGAUAUCGGGUACCGUGACGACCUGUCGUACAACGUCGUGUGCCGCCGGUGCCACAGCAGCGGGCGCCGGGCGUGUCAGCCGUGUGACGACGGCGUGGCAUUCGUGUCCGGCAAGCAAGGGCUAAAGGACACCAAGGUGGAGAUCAGCAAGUUGCGAGCCCACACAUCGUACACCUUCGAAAUACAGGCAGUAAACGGAGUGUCCAACAAGAGCCCUUAUCCCGCCCAGCAACUGUCAAUCAACAUUACAACCAAUCAGGCCGCUCCCUCAGUAGUUCCAAUAAUGCACCAAGUGAGCUCAACGAGCCGCAGUUUCUCGUUGUCAUGGCCACCGCCCGAGCAGCCCAACGGAAUUAUCCUCGACUACGAGAUACGAUACUUUGACAAGUCCCUGUCGUCAGUGCAGAACAGCUCAGUGGUCCAGAGCAAAACGCCCAGUGUGGUUCUGGAGGGUCUGAAGUUGGGGACGGGCUACGUGGUCCAGGUGAGGGCGCGCACCGUGGCCGGCUACGGAGGCUACAGCAAGGAAAUGCUCUUCCAAACGCUCACCGACGAUGAGUAUAAGUCCGAGCUGGGGCAGCAGCUCUCCCUGAUUGCAGGCUCCUUAGUGGCCGGAGUGUGUAUCGUCUCAUUGGUGGCCAUUGCCAUCAUCUGUACCAGGAGGAGGCAGUGUAAGGAGAGUGUGUACGCUGACAAGCUGCAGCAGUACAACGCAGGAGGAGAGGUGACUCUGAGGCCUGACAUGUUCAGUGGCACCACCCCCACAGUGACCUUUCCCACCCUGUCUGAGGGUCAUAGUUCGCCAGGGGUCAAGAUCUACAUCGACCCCUUCACCUACGAGGAUCCCAACGAGGCUGUUCGGGAAUUUGCCAAGGAAAUCGACCCCUCCUGCGUCAAAAUAGAGGAAGUCAUUGGAUCAGGUGAGUUUGGGGAGGUGUACCGAGGUCGCCUGAAGCCUGUUGGGAAAAAAGAAAUUCUCGUGGCCAUCAAGACCCUGAAGGUUGGUUACUCUGAGAGGCAGAGGAGGGACUUCCUGUCCGAGGCGUCAAUCAUGGGCCAGUUUGACCAACCGAACAUCAUCCGACUGGAGGGCGUCGUCACCAAGAGCAGGCCCACCAUGAUCAUCACAGAGUUCAUGGAGAACGGAGCACUUGACUCGUUUCUCAGGCAAAAUGAUGGGCAGUUUCCAGUGAUCCAGCUUGUUGGUAUGCUGAGGGGCAUUGCCUCUGGGAUGAGGUACCUUGCGGAAAUGAGUUAUGUUCACCGGGACCUGGCCGCUCGGAACAUCCUGGUCAACAGUAACCUGGUGUGUAAGGUGUCUGACUUUGGAUUGUCCCGAUACCUGGAGGAAGACACCUCUGACCCCACCUACACCAGCUCCCUGGGAGGUAAAAUCCCCGUGAGGUGGACGGCUCCGGAGGCAAUCGCCUACAGGAAGUUUACCUCGGCGUCAGAUGUCUGGAGUUACGGGAUCGUGACCUGGGAGGUGAUGUCAUUCGGCGAGAGGCCUUACUGGGACAUGAGCAACCAAGAUGUGAUAAAUGCCAUCGAGCAGGACUUCAGGCUCCCAGCUCCCAUGGACUGUCCGGUCGUGCUGCACCAGCUCAUGCUGGACUGCUGGCAGAAGGACAGGAACGCACGGCCCAAAUUCCCCGAUAUUGUCAGCAUGUUGGACAAAAUGAUACGCAACCCUGCGUCGCUCAAGGCCGGGACCAACAACGUCGCCCCAGGUCCUCCCCAUCAUGCCUUGUUAGACCGCGCGGGUCCCGACCUGAGCAGCGUGAGCUCCGUGGAAGACUGGCUGGCUGCGUUGAAGAUGACCCAGUAUCGGGACUCCUUCCUGGGCUCAGGCUUCACUUCUUUGCCGCUGGUCACACAAAUGACAGCUGAAGAUCUUCAGAGGAUUGGAGUAUCUCUAGCUGGACACCAGAAGAAAAUCCUGACCAGCGCUCAGUCGAUGAGGCACAACGUCGACGACCAGUCUCCUACUGAGUCUGUGUAGCGGGGAAAUAUGUGACAAGUGGACAGUCUGAACGAGCAGGCCGCCCGUUUCUGUUUUGUCCCCAUACACCUCAACGAUGUGCCGCUGGUGGAGAUCUGAACCGCCGUUGUUUUUAACAGUCGCUACGGCCAUUUGUGCGUCUGUGCGGCCUCAGCACUCACCCGGUCGCGGACACACUUCUUUCACAACAUUUAGCUAAUUGAUUUGAACUAAAUGGAAGGAAGGCAUUUCUGUCUGAAAUGAUUUGUGGCUGUAAAACAACACAAACAAACUAGCGACUGGUCUUACAAACCCUCCCUAAAAUAAUCUCUGUAAAAUACUUCCCAUCGUUGAAUUCCACGGACCAGUUUUCGCCAUCCUGACUGUUUGAUUUGAUGGGCUGGUUUUUAUUUAAGGAUAAAUCUCACCAACCACAUGCUACUGUGAAGAGGGAACUGACUCAACGGACUCUCAUGUGGAAGACAAAAGCUGAUAUAAAAGUGUUUCUUGAGGCCCGUGACGAGCUUCGCUGUUUUUUCUGACGUUUUCUGUUGAGACUGAAUCAACAUCUGGAUCCAGAUGAGAGACAAGAUAAAAACGGGGCUUUGUGAAUCCAUCUUCAUAUUGAAGAGUCUGUACAUAUUAUGAUAUGGGAUGUUUGUUUCCUAUUUGCUUUCUCUUUUGCCAACAACAUUGAACAAUUAAUUGCCACUGGAGUAUUUUGUGAUUUCUCUAUGAUUAUCUUCCCCUGACUCAUCACUGGAGCCUUUGAGUGCGAGGCGCUGCAGACAAAAUAUUUAAAAAAAAAAUGAAAAGCUAAACUCCACUAAUCCACACAGAAAGCUAGAAAAGCUUGGUUAACUGGAAAUACUUAAUUCAGGAGUUACUCAUAGUGGAGUUCAACAAUCAAAAGGCAAUUAGAGAUUAGGAAGCAGAAACAAAAUCAGGUAAAGAUGUAUCAACGUGCUUGUGAUUUUGCUGCAAAUCCUCCAGCGGACGGCGAGUCCGGCAUUAAUACAAUGCAUGAACAAACCAGAAAUCCAAUGUUCUAAUACCGUGUCCAUGCACGGAACUAAUUUCUGUCUAAACUCCACGGCUGCCCGUCCAGAUGGUAAUCACUCCACAGCAGGCAGGCACGGGUCUUUGUAUCAAUUCCUUGCUGUAUUCAUUGGCUGCACAAUAUGUCAGCGGUCUCACAGUCUGUUUUGACGGACGCGUUUCCCUGUGAUUGACACCGGUGAUUUAUGCUGUCGUGCCAGUUAGCGGAUGAAAUUAAAUAACGUGACCUAUCCGCGUUAACAUCCGCUGGGCGGCAACCUUUUCAACGAGGGGCCUUACGCAGCACCCGGUUACAAGCAACAAAUGUCAGGGAGAUGAUCUAACAAGCAUAGAUAGUGAAAUAAAAAAUGUCCGCGGGAUAUUGCUGGCGUAUUUAUCACAUUUCGUGCAGAAACAAGAUGUUUCACUCGCUGCUCUUCAAAAGGCCAGAUCCCAUUCUGCGGCACACUGGCAGGAAAAGCACCGAGAGAAUCUCUUUUGAUCUCAGCGGGCAGCAGGUUACCAGUCGUGAAACAGCAGCAGGCUCGCUCUGCCUUUAGCUCAAACCUCUGGCCAUGCGCGUGCCCCCGCCAGCCCCAGCAUCACCAGUCUGCUGCCCCGCAUUGUGUUUUGUGAUUUGUUUUUGUUUUUUAGUGUCCCCUCAGAGCGGUUCUCUCAAUGACGUGAGGUGACGGUGUUUGGAUGUUUACUUUAAACGCGUUUGGCUGCUGACGUGUCCUACAGGACUAUGUGUUUGUGUUCGUCUCGCACCACUGCUGUCCACUGCUAGGAAGGCCCAAACUCUUGAUUGUGAACAUUUUUUAUUUUUUUUUAAAAGCAUUGACAAAAAAAAAACACCAAACCAUUUCAUUUUUCACCGCGACUGGAAUUGCGUUUGUGGCC